AGGUUUGUGUUAUCUGCAAAUACCAUUGUUGUCUCACAUCUUACAAGGUCUUGAAUCUUGAGAUUUUACAACGCCUCACAACAUCUUACAACCGUCUCUGCUGCAAUGCAUCUCUCUACUCUGGGGUUUUCUAGCGAUUCUUUUUCCAAGAAUGAUGUUUGGGCUUGUACAAGAAGCCAAAUCAUGGGACGAGUUUCAAGCAGCGAUGAAAAGUGGCGGCUCAUUCGCAAUUAUCCUCGUAGUACCUGGAGAUCCCACAAACAAUAUAGGAGUUCUAGAUGGCUACUGCAAAGAUGAGUUUCCACAAUUCAAGUGUUACUAUGGUGUGGAAGAUGCACAUGAGCAUAAUCCAUCUUCGUUCAAUGUACAUUUUAAUAACCCAUACGAUGGUGCAAUUUCAUUCUACAAGGAUGGUGUACAGAAAUCCUGGGUUUCACCUAAAGGAGUUGGGAAAUCCACGACAGUUGAACAGAUUCGAGCUGGAUUCAACAAGGCAAAGUGAACUAACAAAAUAGACGUAUAUCAUCAAUAUCUUGUUAAUUAUAACAAUGAUAUGUUCACAGUUCACUAUUGGAUAAGUUGGCCAUAAUGUUAUAGGCCACAAUUUACUGGUUACUCUGAAUAUAUUCCAAUUGUAUUGUUAUUAAAAUUGUGUUUUGUGUGUGAGA